AUGUUUAACGUCACCACAAACAAGUUUCAGAUAGUCGUAGAAGUUCGGGACCAUGGAACAGGCUCUCGAGGAGAAGUCAAGCUCACCUGGGACGCUCUUGCUCCAAAAUUCAGUCUGACGCCGAUGCGUCCUUAUUUCUCUCGAGAAAUUUCUGAUUUAUUUUUCAUAGUGGGUUUUCAUUUGGUCUCUCAGACAUGAGAGAUUACAAGAGCGCCAAUAAAGCUCGAACAUCAUCUUUCAGUUGAGGAAUAUGAUCUCUUCAGAUUGAUUCCGAAGGCGUGCAAGAAGGAAACAUUACAGUCAAGUAUGAGUGUAUUUCGCAGCAGCCUCCGGAAGGCGAGAUUGCAAUUGAAACAUUUGGGAAAGUCAAUGAGAUAGUUCAUGUGGAUCUUCCUAAACAGUGGAGAACUCUAUGUAACGUUAUCAAAGUAACGGUGAGUUAAUUUCAUAUCCGGAGCGCUCUUUCAAAAAUCACUGUUGAGUAUUUUCUCAAUUUUAAACUGAAAAACUGUGAAAGUUCUUCCAAAGUCGAAAUAGUCCAAAAUUUUCCGCGCAAGCUUGAGCCAAAUUUUAUGAUGACUAUUGCCAAUGAAUAAUUUUUUUGACAAAAAAAAAAGACUUUUAGGGCAAAAGAAAACUGAAAACUGGGUUCUCGAGAGGACAGACGGUAUUGUUGCCAAACAUGCAUGGAACCGCUUUGGCUUCGAACUUCAUCAGCAUCGAUGAUCCGAAAAUUGAGUACCGCACCGGAGAAAUUCUGUCAGUGACUCUGAAAACGUCCGAUGCAAAGAUCUUGAACUACAUGGUCAGUUGUUAUAGAAUAAAAUUUUGAAACAAAUUCAAGUUGAAAAUAAUAGAAAAACAGUUGAAAAAUCGAUUAAAAAAUAAUUGAGUAAUAAUAUUCUUCAGUCGAGUGUGGUUGAAAAACAAUAAGAGGGACAUCCACUGCAGUAAAGUUAAUUAAGCAGAAGCUUAGUACAAUAUCCUGUUUAUUUAUUCAGAAAGCGCAAGACCUCAUAGAAAUAAAUGGCUUCGCAUUUUGAGACUUCUAUCAGGCUUUUAACGAGAGCGACUUUUAUUCAAAAUGAAUAGGAAACUUUGCUGUCAAAAAAAAAGAUGAGAAUAUCCACUGCAUUCAAACGAGAUGAAACUAGGUGAAAGAAGAACGCGUUAAAAAAGAAGCAAGUAGGAGAAAACGCGAGACCAAACAUAACCAACGUAGGAACGCGUGUUCCACUAAUAAGAUGUUGCCCGGAGGCCACCCACUGAGAGGCCCGAACAAAACAAAAGAAGCUUUUCCUGCUUGAUUUAAGACUCAGGUGUUUUUACGAAUUUUGCUCGAGAGAGUCCAGCCGAAUCACAACAGCAAGACAUUUUCUCGUCUUCGAAUAAAAAAACGUAGUUCAACUUAUAGUCAUCGCAGAGAAAUCUACUCAAUCCAUUUCCAAAAUAUAGAAAAACCUAAAUAUUUUUUUUUCUCAGAAGAAAGAUAGUUAUGCCUUUCAGUACAAGGAGGGUCACUUUUUUCACCUGAAGAAUUCUAAUUCGACUUAUUACCCAGUCUUCUAUCAAAAAACGGAUUCCCGAGAGUUUUUCCCGGAUUUAAAAAGAAAAUAAUCUUCCAAAAAAAGAAUUCUUGAAAAAGUUACUUCUCAACAUAGGGAGCUCAGAAAAUAGGCUCUGAGAUCAUUUUUUCUAUUCCGAAGGUUAUUGGCUAAUUUCUACUGUUUUCUAAAGCUAUAAAGAUUGGUGUCCUUUUUGAGGAAAACACGAAUGAUUUUUCAAAAUGAAACAAGAAACUGUGAAAACAGCAAAUAAUACUAUUUUUGCCAUCAGAUAAGCAUCGUUGGCUGAACUGUUCAAAGUACAAUAAAAUAGUGUUUUUGAGCCGAAAACAACAUUCUUCGCAAAAAUAAGCUCUUCUCGCGAAUAAUGUCUCAAAGACAUUGCUGAGAUUUUGAAAGAGUCUAAUGUUCCAGGAGAGUUUAGUGGAAAAGAUUUUCUCUGAGGUGUUCCCAAAAAUUUCGAACUGGCUAAAUUGUUUCCUUGUGAAAAACUUGAUAAUGAUGAAAAGUUUUGAAAAGGAGAACUUUUUCAUCAGUAUAAAGACCGUUAAUGAACUGAUCAUCAAUAUCUGUAUAUUUUUAUCAUUUAGUUAUGUGGCAGCCGAUGGGGGUGCCCAAGAAUGCCCAAUUUUAAGCGAUUCGAGGACAUUUUGAAAAUGUUUAUGAAAAACUUGAAAGCGAAGAUUUUCAAAGAAACUUCUCACCAAAAACUAUCUUUCAGGUAAUCUGUGAUUCUCACAAACUGAUCCAAGUGGAAACGACAAGAGACGACCGAAAGCUGAAAAUGGGGAUUGUGGAGUCGAUGAAGGGCACAUGUGUGCUCUAUGUGUACACGAGCCUUCCCAACAUCACCACGGACAUGUACCUUUUCCGGGUCGUCGAUCAGUGCGAUGUCCGUUUAUCCUUUCUUGUUGUUUUCAAGGUCUCCGGCUCUUUUUUGACAAAUUGACAUUAAUUAUAACUGUUUACCUAAUCAACUUCUCAAUUCGUCCUUAGACAAAACUUAAAAAGAGCAAUACAUUUUGAAUAUUCGAAAAAGAAACACACAAAAAAAUUUUUUUACAAACAGCCGUUUUUGGUUUUCGGAAUUGAAACAAUAAACGUUAUUUCAUUCGGGGUUAAUUAUUCUUUUAAAAAAAUUAAUCGAAGAUUUUUUUCAGUGUUUUUAGAUCAUAGUAACUUACUAUGCAAGUUUUUUUACAUCACUUGAAAAUUGAAAAAAAAUGUCGUUUCAGGGGUCUAUGACAGUUUCAAGAGUUAUAAAUGGCGAUAAAUAUGAGAUGAAUGGAUCAAACGAAAACAUUUCUCCUGGAGAAGAGUUGGAAAUUCAAUUGGUUGGCGACCGAAAUGGAUUCGCAGUUUAUAGAGCCAUCGACGACAGAAUGAACCAGUUGGCUUUGGUGUCGAACCAAAAAAAUCAAUUUAAAAAUGACCGAAUAUCACAGAAAAACGAUAUUUUGAAGCUGAGACUAUGGGACUUCUCAGUUUUUUCGAGUCAAAGUGCUAGCACGUUCCAAGCAAGAAUCGCUAACCUGAUGGAUUUGAAUCAAGUUCAGGAGGUUCUAUGUAAGCUUUUCUGAACUUCCGGUCAUUAUCGUUUUGAAUUUAGCUAGAGAAUGUACUAAGGCCGGUCGUAGACUCCACCCGCGAUGUCCAACUAUUUCUUAUUCUUCAUCUGUGUUAUCGAACGUUUGUCUGAAAUAUCUUCAAACUGGAUGUCACCAACAGCCUCCAGGUUAGUGGUGAUUCAGAUUUAAAAAAAAAAGAUUGAUAGAAGCCGGAAAGCAAAAGUCAGUAAGUUGGGAAUUUUAACAAUAUCAAACGGACUUACGGUCGUUCUUACAACUUGGUUUGAUUUUCAUUCAAAAAUUAAAUUCAAAGUUGGAAAAUUCCAGGUAGAGAAAUGGGUGGUCAUACUUUUGAGAGAUAAUAUCUGUUCUUUAAGAUUAUCCAUUUAUCUCGAUUCAUAUUCUGAACAACUUUAAAGUAGAGGAUUUGAGAUUAACGAAAGUACAUACGUGGCAGACGCCAUUAAGUUGUUUAAUAUCGUUAUGUGCAUCAUAUAACCCCCUUUGAAAUGGAAAAAAAAGAAAACGCAAAGAACAGCAAGAAAAUAAAAACAUGCUUUGACAAGGAUUAAUGACAAAAAAUUGGGAAAUUUGAUAACCUAUUGCCAAACGAUGCCAAAAUAAAGUGUCUGGUGUCCAGUAAAAACAUCGGAUAUAAAAAAGCAACAAAAUCGUAGUUUAAUGAGAGUUGAAAAAAGAUAGACUGAAAAAAAAGAUUGCGUGGGGCAUUUUCUUUUUUCAACAAGUCGAAGAUAAGUUGGAAAGGAAAAAUUUUUAUCGAUGAACUUACUUGGCCAAUCCCAGAGAUUUAAACUGAAAAAAAAGUGUGCAAAGUGAUCUAAAAGUAAUAGUUACAUGGUGAGCGACAUGAGUUGGUUGGAAAAAAACUGUUUAAAACGCGCAAAAUGAGUACUUGUUUAGAAAACAAAACCGCCUUUUUGAUUGAAAUCUGGAGAAAGACUGUGCCAGCACAUUUUGAGAGGCGUUUUUCUGAAACUAUGAUGCCUAAAGUUUGAAUUUGUUGAAUUCUGCAUUCUACAAGUACUUGCCACAACAGUAUAGAUAAUAUUUCAAGUUUCUCAGAACCUCAGAUAAUCCCUUUACGCUGUUAGAAAAACAAUGAGAAAUGUUACAGUUGCCAUAUUCGCAGUUUGUGACAGAAGAAGCUCAAAAGGUUGCAAGCAGGAAGAACCGAUCCCAAAAGUCAAAAUGUCGGGGAUUUAUAUGGUGGUGCACAGGUUUAAAUCCUACCUAUUCCCAUCGAAUGAACCCUCAACUACUUCUGCUCCAAUGCUGCCUGAGUUCAACCCGCCGCCCCACAUGUGUGUCACUAACCUCUUUUUUGAGUUAUUUUGCUACAUUUUGUACAUCUUUUAUCUUUUCCCAAUUCAUUAUUAGAAAACUGCAUGUUUGACGUGCUUGUGUGGUUUCAUUGGGAAAAAGAUACAAGCGCUCCUAAAAAGUAUUAAAUUAUGCAUUUUGGCGCCUUUUUUCCUCGAAAAUGAACUGAACUCGAAAGAUUUGAACUAGUUCGGAAAGAUCAUAAAAAUUAUUGAAGUUAACCAAAUUGCUCACUAUUCAAACCUUUUGAAGCACGUUUAUUCGAGAAAAGUAAGAAAAAUCGUGAAAAAUCUGAACCAGAGUCAACUUCCAGCUACGAAGAAAUACAACAGUAAUCAUUUUUGUCAGUCUUCUUUUUUGUGAUCAUCCUCCUUGCAUGGCUCGAAAAACGAAUGAAACAAUUUUCAGCUGAAACUAUUUUUCAAUUCAAUUACAGCGAAUUCCACGACAUUGGCGCAAUCGAAGGACAAGCGGGAGCACAUGUUCGAGAGAAUUUCAAUGAAGUUUGGCUCUUCGACUCCGUGUUUCUCGGGUAGAAUUAUCGCUUCAAACGCUCACCGAUUUUAGAAGAAAAUAGGAAACGCGAGGGAUCUUGUAUAAAAAUGAUUAAAAAACGUUAGAUAAAUUGAUUAGGAUAUAAUGUUGAUAAGUUCGAGAAAAUGUUUGAAGGAACGAUGGAAGAGCCCAUGUGAAGACUAUUUCGCCAGAUAACAUCGGAGAAUGGGCUCUGAGUAGCGCAUUCUGGUCUCCUGGAAGAACUUCGAUGUGCCCUCUCAACAACUUCAAUCUUCAGUCUAAGAAAAACGUUUUCAUGGAAGUAAUUUCGACAAAAACUUGAACAACGUCAAAAUAAAGUCAUUUUAGGUUGAUUUGCCGAAAGAUGUUUAUGUGAACGAAACCGUUAGCGUGAAAGUCACUGUGUCCGGAAUAAAUAUUCAACGGUUGUCAAAAGUAAGUUGAAAAAAGAGCACUCCAACUAAAGGAAAUAUCAUUACAGUACUCGAUUUGCAUUGCGAAAAUGCCUCGAAAAGUUUGUGCCGACGAGGGAUCCAAUGGGAACAAAGGACGUCCUGCAUACACCAAUAUCGCCCUCUCCAAAAAUUCUUCAGUUCAAUCGAAAACAUUCAGCAUGCGAUUCCUAGUGACAGGAAUAACUAAUGUCACCUUUUACCUCAGAGAGUGAGGGAAAUCAUGAUUUUCUUUUGCAAACAGUCUUUUUCAGAGAAGCGUCUUAUCCUGGAAAACAUCAUUGCGAUGUCGGAAAGAUACUGGACAUUGUCAAGAUUCAUCUCAAGAUUGCGGUCAGUUGCAAGAAUAAUAGUUUUUGAAUAUUUCAUCAGAAAUAAAAAAGAAAGUAAAAGCUUGAAAUGAGUUCAGAAACGCGCAGACACUGUUGAAUACUACAAAAAGGUACUUUUAAAUGCUGGAAAACCGGUUGUUAAAGUCCAAAUGAAUGACGAUGUCCAACAAGAGUCAGAAAACGUUGCAAUUGGUCAGUGUGAAGCUUGAUUGUGCCAGAUGGUUAGCUUUUUAGAAGUUCUCGAAAACCGUCCUGGAGAAGAUCCAACGUCAGUUGUAACAACUGUCGUGGCCAACAUUCUGGACACAGAAACAGUUUAUUCUUUUGCCAUUUACAUAUCCAGUUAGUCAAUAACUUGGUUUUGAAGGUAUGAAUCUCCAAGUUUCAGAGUUUCUACCGACGAAAACUUACUUCGAAGAUUCACAGAGCAGAAUAAAGAGAGGGAUCUUCGAUUCCGGCAAUUCAUUUUUAUCAGAUGUCAUCAAACAAUUAUCCGUCGAGCUUUAUCGCUUCAAGACCAUCGCUCAGAAGAAAGACACUGAGCUGUAUACGCUCGAAUGGGCACAGAAACGAAUUUCGAAUUGUAAAAUAAAGUGAAAAAAAAAUUGAAGCAAAGCUCUCCUUGUAGUGAUAUCAGACAUGCUCCGCUUCUCAGACUGCACAUCUUCAGCGGAGCCAUGUGGAUAUGCUGAAUACGGAGCUCCCCGAUCUCCAGCCGAAAGAUCACUUUUGUUCGUUUUUUUAAACUCACAAAUAUUGAAGAGCUUGUUUUCAGUUUGACAAGUAUCGCUACAAGUUUGCUCUGUGAAGCUUCUGUGGAUGAGCAGUUGAUUGCCGGACCUCUCCAGACAAUUAUUGCAGAUAUCCCGAAAUUCCGAGAAGAAGCCUUCAACAUUGAUUUGAACGACAUUUUCGAUAUUGUAAGUCUCUAGACAGCAAAUUCUAUCAAAAAAAAAACUAAUUUUUUCAUUUUAUCUAAUUGACAAAGGAAUGGAGUUCGCAUUCUUCAAUAAUUGAGUUUUGAGGAAAGCAGCUACGACAAAAAGUUUCUUCUGGCGUCUCUGAUGUUUCAAGUUUCCAGAGACUGCGGUUCUUACAGAGAAAAAAUAACGCAAGUGAGGACUUUUUCGAUUUAUUAAACAAGAAGCGUUGGCCGUGUAGAGUGAUUUUUCUGUUGAAACUUUUAAGAAAAAAAAGAAGCUUUGAGGUGAAAUAUGACGCAUUUGGACAAUUGCACAAGUCCUACUAUUUGUUCGACGAGGGCGCGAUUGUGGACGAUCGAGCUGUUGCCGCAAUCGCUUUCAUGGCGACAAAUGUGACACAAGAGCUCAUGCGAAUAAAAAUGUUAGAGAGGAUCAAUGGUUAGAGAUACUGAAGUAGCUCACUUUUUCGACUAUUUCAGGGGAUCUGGAGCCUUACUGGAGUGCAGGAGUCUUGAGUAUUGCAGAAGAAGAGAAGAAAAGCACCUUCCAAGUUCUAGGGAGCAGAAGAAGCAAAGUGGGAGAAAAGAAUCAUUCAUAGUUUUUGGCGACUUUUUCUUCAGAGCGGAGAUAUUAUGGUAAACAGCCUAGGACUUCUCGCUUUUGUUACGGCUGGAGCAGAAGGUUUGGAUAAACACCAUAUUGUAGUUAGUACAAACGGAAAAAAUGGAUGUGGGUCUCUGAGAGAGUACAAUAGUUUAUUUUAGUUCCAAAAAGAAGUUUCCUUCUUAACGCAAACUUGCAGGAUCGAAGAUUGAGUGGGAUCCGCUUGCCGAUUGGUUAUUCAAACAACAAAAUGAAGACGGCACAUUUGAGAGCCCGAUUGUAAUGAUCAAAAAAAGUUCCGUUACGCACAUUUUCUAUUACAGGACACUUAUUUCGCAUCACGCGCGCUAUACGAAUACAAAACGAGAAAGGUGGAUGUGGCCAAUAACGGACAGCUGCAGGUAAAAAUACUUCCGAAACACAUCUUUCUCAAACAGGCCAGAAAGUUUUACUUUGAACUCCAAAAAAAAAGAUAAAUAUCGUCUAGGAAGGAAAAAGUCUGCUCGUGCUUCUAGUUUUUGAGACCGAACUUUGUAAAGCUCUGGUUUCUAUCAACAUCUUCAGGAAAUAAACUUGCAAAGUGUAUUAUGCAGAAUCAUGAAGUUAAGGACACAUACAUAAAAAUUGAUCAAGUUUUUCAUUUUUACCGGCUUGGAUAGAAGUACGUGAGUAGAAGGUUUGCAAAGUUUGGGCGCAAAUUAAAAAUUAACAUUUUAUUUCAAUAAUUUUGAUCAUUUAACAUAAUGUUUAGAAGUUCUGUCAGCAUUUUUCUUAGAAAAAUUGCAUGGAAACUUUAAUAAUGCCAGUAUUUUCCAAAUCGUGCCAAAAGAGUUUUGGACAUGCGACGUGCAAAUGUUGCACAUCUAUAUUCGUAAUUGUAAAAUGAGGAUAAUAUUUUCGAAUAUUUCAUGCAUUCAAAAGUUACUGUGCAAUAACUGAAUUAAGGUGAGAGUUGAAUGCACUGGAUGUCCACUGAGAACAAUCAAUGUCACGGAAGAUUCUGUAGAAAUUCAUGUGAGUUUCAAAACUACCGAAAACCUCGUCUGAAAUGGAAAUUCAGGUUCCCACGCAUGUUCGUAGUGUAUCUCUGACAACAUCGGGCAUUGGAAAAGCAAAAGCUGGAAUCAGAAUUGUGGCGACAAGAAGGCAAAGACAAAGGCGUGGAUUAACCCACGACGACUACUACCCAGUAAGAAUCGACUGCGACCAGCAGCACAUCCAACGGACCACUAUUCAGCAAACCGUUUGUCUGACGUUAGUUUUUCUACAGACAGAAAAUGAAAAGAUCCAGUGAAAGAGUUCGGAGAAAACAUGCUAAGAUGUACUUUGAAGGGUUGUCUUUCAAACUAAAUCGAAUAUUUUGCGGCUUUCUACUGAUUCUGGAGACGUGGCGUCUGAGAGUUGACUCUGAAAAUGAUAUUGGGGUACGCGCCGAAAAACAUCCUUCAGAGGGCAUCCGCGAACUUUGCUUUGAUUCCCAAAUUGCGUCCUUUUGCUUUUCUUUUCCGAACUCUUUUCAACCUCAGUUCGAAAAUCUUGCGUUCAGUAGUUGUAGAUCACAGCUAUGUUACAAAAUUCGAACUCCCGAUGAAAUUGACGCAAAAUAUAAAUAUUCAAUUUCCCUUCAACGUGAUCCUUUUCAUGCACAUAUUUGACGAUUGAGGAAGAAAAAAUCUCCAAAUUAGUUGUUAACUGUUUCGAAUUUUUUCAUUUUCUUCUGAUUUCCUGCAGAGUUCUUUCUCCGGUGAUUCGGACCUUGGAAAUCACGCAUGGUCUCUAUACCAGUUACACCACAAGCACUCAACUUCUUUCUAUGCUUCCAGUGGGUUUCAUUUUAUGAAUUUACAUCUUAGUUUCUCAUCAAAUAACAGCCUAGUAUCCAAGCUUUCUUCUCUUCAAUAGAAAAAAUUUAUCGAAAAUUUUAUUAAAAACCCUUUUUUACAUCUCGGAAUGCCUGACGGCGCACGUAGCGGUUGCAAGCUGUUAGGAGCUACUGUUUUUUAUUGUGCCCGACAUGAGCCUCAUUGUAAAACCGAUUGUAAGCAGACGGUUAGAGAUAUGACUCUUAAACGGAAAAUCUCGCUCUCCAAACGCGCUAUCAGGUGGUUUCAACCUGUGGGAAAAAGUCCAUAUCAAAAAAUAUUUCAAUUUUAAAGAAAUCUUAACUCAAAAGUGUCGUUUAGAAGUUCAAAAAUUCAAAAUUCGCCCAAUAAGUUUGUAAGUUUUGGUCUUCAGAACUCUAGUUCGGUGAGCAUAAUCAAUCCAGCCAAGUCAUCUUAUGCAAUGCACUUUAUUCUCAUCAACAUCCCUCACAAAAAGCCGAUUUGCUAUCAACUCGGCAUAACAGAACCUCCGUACCGGCAUGAGCCGACGUAUCUGGCUCCAGUCGCAAUCCAAGCCAGACAUCCAGUGUCAGGUUGGAGAGACAACAAACUCCAUUUCCAGUGAAAUCUUCAGAUAUCGUGGGGAUGCUUUUGAUCGCGCACCCUGACGUUCUUCCGCGGCCGCGGUCUCGUAGAUCCCACCGUCUUCGCCAUGGAGUGUCCAAAGCGCGCUCCAUCCGUAGUAUCAUUGACCAGUCCUCUGUUGACUUGGUCUGCUUCAGCGGCGGUUUGUUUCAGAGCAAUCACAAAAUUUCAACGAAAAAGCGAUUAAAGUGAAAAUUAAUGUUUAAAAAAAAAAUAGUGUUAAACCAUCCAAAAAAAACAAAAAAAAAUCGGGUUUUCGUCAUUUUGCUUUUACUAAAAGGUUAUUCAAAGUUAUUGAUCUUUAAGUUUCGAGGAAUUUUUUUACACAUAAUCAUACUGGCGACAACAAUUACAUAUUCUAUACAAAUCUGUGAUUCAUAAUAUCAGAUCAAAUACACUUUUUUGUAGCCAACGUCUAUUCCAAGUAGAGUUAGGAUUAUUUAAAACCAAAGAUCGAAAAUCGACUGUUUUUUUUUGUUGUAUGAACAUCUUUAAAGCUGUGAAAAAUGAAAAAACUAAAAUUUAUGAAAGCAGAAAUUUGAAUGACUUUUAGUUGCAAUUUGAAUAAACCCGCGCAAGACAUCAUACAAAUAAAACUAGUUUUAACACACCAGGAAAGGCAAAUUUAAAUCUUCGUUUCGUUUUUUUAAUAUAGACCUUCACAAAGUUCUGCCACGCCUUUUAAGACCACAGAAGAGUUUUUGAUUACAAUUUUCAAUUCUCCAUCUUCUUGGUAAAAAAAUGAUAUUGUAGUUGAAGAAAAAUAGUAUAAUUCGUUGAGUUCAAAGCGUUCAUCUACUUCAAAAAAUAAGAAAAAAAGUUUCCAGGGCAAUGUUCUUGCGCUGAGACAACUUGUGGAGUUCAAUGUCGGAAGUGCGGUUUUGACACCGAGGAAAAUCUUCGAGAAAAGUUGGCAUUCAAGAACAAUUUCGGUAAGUCUGAAAUGCGUGGUUAUCGCUCACUAAUUCAAUCAAUAGGUGUUGGAGUGCGUGUCAGAAACACUGAGAAGAGUCUGAUAGAAAACAUCAUGUACACUGUCUACCACACUGACGUGUUGGACAUGGCCGGUGGUGCAGCUAGUUAUCUAACUGGUGACUUCGAAAAAUAUUUUUGUAACGACUUCCAUCGCUUUUCAGAGACUUUGGCUAUAUAUCUGCGGGACUGUAACCCUUUUUGUGUUCCUCCAAAUGGUGAAGUCAAAAGAGGCGAAAAGUAUUUGAUAAUUGGGCAUAUCGACGGAUUAACUUUGGACUCUAAUGGAACGUAAGUUCUGAAAGAUUAUUCCAUGACCAAAUAAGUGAUGCUCUCAGGCAAAACUAUGUCCUCCGAGAUACUGACCGAUUCGAAGAAGCCACAACGGACUGUAAACAUUUGAACACUGCAAUUACUCUUCGCGAUCGUCGUUAA